AUGAUGGACAACAUGGAUAUUGAUAUUGCUGCUGCUGCUGAUGGUCCUUAUUUUUUUAAGGCAAUUGUAUCUCGCACGUCCCAUACGAUGGAACUGCCUCUGGCCACACACCGCCAUUACCAUGGUGUUGUGUUUCCACAGAGGUUCAGUAUCCAGACCAUUGAGGGUCGUAAGUACGAGACGACUUUGACUAUGGUGAACAACUGCCCAACAUUAGUGGAUUGGUGGAGAGAGUUCAUUCAUUCAGAAGACAUAUCCAUAGGCUGCAUCCUAGUUUUUCAUCCCAGGACGAUAUUCGACUUUCAAGUGUGGGUGAUGCAGCCUAACGGAUGCGAGAGGCAGCCGCAGUUCAUUAUGGAAUUUAAGCCAACUCAUGUGGAGCGCGCACGUUUGGCAAUCCCCAUGCACUUUUGGAGGGGUUUCAUUGAAGGGCGGUACGUGAACUACAAUUCCGCAGUUUUGCAGUUUGGCGACAACCUCUAUGAUGUCGAUAUAAUUCACGGGCAUGGGAAAAAACUCAUUCAGAAUGGGCGUGCUCGGCAGUUCAUCGAUAACAACAACAUUGGUGUAGGUGAUGUUUGCACCUUCAGUCUCAUCUCACAUGAGGAAAACAUAAAAUUCAAAGUUAAAAUUUAG